UUAGUAACGUCUAUAUGACAUGAACAUGAACUGUCAUCAAUAUAUUCUAGGGUAGAAUUCCCUUCUAAAUUGUUCUGGUCUGGUGGCAAUUUUAACAUAAACAUUCAUCAACAUCUACACAUUUGCUCUUCACUUUUCUACAUUAUUUCCCUUGUUAAGACCUAAGAAACCAAGAUGCCUAGAAAUUCAGAUGAGGAGGAGCUUGUGGCCUCAGACAGCAACGCCUCAGUGGGGACAUCUCCAUCAGUGGAGAGCACCGCCAGACCACCUUCAACUGUCUCCUCCAGUACCUCCAGAACAUCUUCGAGACAAUCUUUGACCCACAGGCCUGGAGUAAGACCUUCGAGAACUGGAGUAUCAGCUGCUACAGGAGAAGACCAUGCUUACAGGGAACAAGUUGCUGCCCAGUACGCUAUGAGCGUCAUUAACAAAGGACGCUUGAGGUACUGUAUCUUUUUCCAUUACUUUCUUACCUUUGCUAUGUUGGCAAAACUCACUCCCUGCAUUCUCGACCGAUUCAAUUGGUUUAUUCUUGCCAUCGAGGAAUUGCAAGUCCCAGAGCCAUUUGCCUGGGAGUGGAUUUGGUUGUCAAGCUUCAUUGUAUCAGUGCUCGCUCUGGAUGCGACCAAAAGAAACAAUGUGAACCGUAUGAAGCAAUAUAUCUUUGCCAUUGGCUUACUUGGAAUCGGACCAUUGCUAUAUGCAAUCUGUUACUGGAUGCCAGAAGUUCUUAUCUAUUUGACUAUGAGCUAUGAUGACCCCAACUAUGACUAUUAUGAAGACUAUUUGGCUGAUUUGGAGUACUGGAAGGGAUAUCCUUGCGGCCUUUUGUGGUUUGUAUUCAUCACAAUGGCUAUGCAGAUCCAUGUUUUUGCCAUAUACUUUGGUUAUAACCUCAUGAAGGCAUGGAGGGCCCGAGGAAUUCCACAGGAGUAAUUCCUAUAAGUUUGUUUAAAGAGCCUUUACACUAGAUUUCUAAAAAGACCAACAAGCCAGUUUGACCAAAGCAAGGGGAUUUUUAUGACUACUGCACAAUCCAGGUUAUCCAUUAAUAUAUAAAUCUAGUCUUGAGGCUCUUUAAAAUAACAGCUGGGGGGGGGUUCUCAGAUAUAUUUUUUUAUUGUUGUGUUAGCAGUGUACUUUUUCAAGGGUAAUAAAGUAAUUCACGUGAAUUUUAAAUAAAUAAUAUUCUUUUGAGCUCUCUUUUCAUGCUAUAAAAGCAUCUCAAAGUAGUUUUGUACUGUGGUUCAUAAGUUCAUGCAACCAUUUUUUGUAGCCAGCACAGAAUUUCAGUAAUGGUUUGCCAAUUAGAGUUUUAUGGAGCAAUAGAAAGGGUACACUGUACUUAUUGUUGUGUUAAACAGUGUUAAUACACUGUUUUUUUUUUGUAAUUUGGUUCAAAAGUAAACGUACAUAAUAUACUUAAUUCGUUAAAAUAUCCAAUAAACUUGCAUUAAAAUCAAACAACUGUUGCCCAAAUUUUGGGUAGACCAGAAAGAUUUUCACACUGACUGUUUUUUUUUUUGUUAAUUUUCAAAGUAGAAAGGUUGUUUAAUUUAAAAAAAUUUUGGUGAUGGGAGUUACAAUACAUUCAGUGUAAAAAUUUGUGUUUUAAUAUUAUGUACGUUUCACUUGCUCAUGUACUUGAAAUCAAACAUACUUAGUCAAAUGUGAUUUCUCGGCCAAAAAGUGACUGGUAGAAGCAUUUUAAGCAACUUGACUGAAAACAGCUAUUUUGUAAACUGCCAGUAGCUAUUGGUUAUGUAGUUUUUAGAUUCUGUUAUUUAUUCUAAUUAAAUUAUAUGUUGUGAAAACAUAUGUAAGCAAAGUAAAAAAUCGAAAUGAUAUUUUAUUUAUGUAUAUGAAUGUUUGUAAAUAUGUCAAAAGUAUUUUUGUUUGUUGUAAGUAGAUUUUUUACUUUGCAAUCAUUAUUUCGAUGAAAUAAUAUUAGUUAACCUUUAAAUGCAGAAUUAUGUAUUUUUACUACGACUUAAUGAUUUGUUAAAAGGGGGUCGAAAUACUUCUAAAUGACAUCUUUUAGUAAAAGAUAUUUGCCCUGGGUUAUUUUUAAAAUAAUAUACAUUUUUCCAUAUGCAUUUAAGGGUUAAUGUCUUGUUUGUUCGUGGCAGCUUUAAAAGUAAAGCCGCGCAUAUAAUGUUUGUAUGGGAAUCAAUAGCACACUUGUGCCUUAUUAUUGAACGGUUUAGAUCAAAAUUCAACAGUUGCCAAAGUAUAUUUUUGUAACCAGAUACUUUGACAUUUAUGAGAAAUAAAAUUUCAGUUUUGUA